AUGAACAAAGAAGAGCCUCGAGCUUUCAAAGUUUACGUUAGAAUCCGUCCUCCAUCAGAAAGAGAGCUUCUCCUAAAACAAAUAUCUUGCGAGCACUAUCUUCGGGUCCAAGAUGAAGUGGUAAAACCUCCAUAGAUUUGGAUAAAAGAACAACGGAGCUCCCUGGCAAAAGAAUACAGCUAUAGUUUUGAUGGAGUUUUCACAGAGUCUCACAAUAACUCAAUAGUCUAUACAGAUUCAGUUAGCUUGCUAGUCAGCCAAGUUCUACAAGGAUUUAAUGCUACAACGUUUGCAUAUGGGACAACCGGUGCAGGUAAAACUCAUACAAUGUUUGGUAAUAUGAUGCUUGAAGGGGUAACAGAAUCAGGAAUCCUAUAUUUAGCUUUAGAAGACUGUUUUUCACAAAUAAAUGCAAAGAGAUCAGAUUUUAUAUUGAAAUUAAGCUAUUUAGAAAUUUAUAACGAGCACGUUAUUGACCUGCUAGACUCCACAGGAAAGUCGAACAAUUUACUUAUUGUGGAAGACCCAAUAAAAGGUAUUGUGGUGCCUGAGUUAUUAGAAUACCAGAUCAGCAAUUUGCAGGAUGCCCAUGAAUUGAUUGUAAAAGGAAACCAGCAGAGAACGAUGGCCUCUACAGCGAUAAAUCAAUUUUCAACCAGGUCGCAUGCUGUGCUGAGGAUUACAAUAGAGCAAAGGGCAAGAGAAAGAAAUAUUAUAGAAGAAGUGGCUAAUUCAAAACUUUCGUUAAUAGAUCUAGCUGGCAGUGAAAGAGGAGCAGCUACUGAGAACCGUGGACAAAGAAUGGUAGAAGGCGCUAAUAUAAAUCGGUCCUUAUUAGCUCUUGGAAAUUGCAUCAAUAUUUUAACUGACUCAAAAAAUAAAGGAAAAUACGUCCCUUAUCGAGAUUCCAAGCUGACAAGAAUCCUUAAAGAUUCACUGGGAGGAAACACCAAAACAAUAAUGAUCGCGUGUAUUUCGCCUUCUAUAAUUCAGUUUGAAGAAACUAUGAAUACCCUAAAAUAUGCAGAAAGAGCUAGGAAUAUAAAAAAUGAUGCAGUCAGAAAUAUAAAAGAAGUAGAAGCACAUGUUUCUGAAUAUAAAGAAAUAAUACAAUCUUUAAGGCAAGAAAUAGAGUUUCUAAAAGUCCAGCUAAAUAGGCAGGAAGAAUCAUCUCCAAAGCAGUCAUUCCAGACUGAGCAGACAAGUGCGAAAUCUCCUAUCAAAAGAGUCAGAACCCAAGCUGAAAAUUCUAAUCUUAACUUGGACGAUUCAGAAUUUGACGUCUUUUCUAAGCGCUUGCUAGAUAACUUUGAAGAGCAUUGAGAAAUAAAAAACAGCAUAAAAGAAAUUGAUAUGCUGAACCAAGAAAACAACGCAAAGCUAAAACAAUAUAUAGGGCAGUCUGAAUCAGGAAUUUCCAAUAGGAAUAUGAGGGAGUUCAGAAAUGAGCUUCAAGCUCUUCAACAAAAUAUAAAAGAAAACGAGGAUAUGAGAAAUGAACUAUUAGAAAGCUUAUAUUCUAAUUUAAAAGUCAAGACUGAGCUGCAAAAUUCUAUAGGUAAUAUGAAAGUUGACAAAAAAAGAGAAAUUCUUGAGCUCCAAAUUGCGCUGAGAAACUUAAAGCUGGAGAAGCUUGAUCUGCAUAUACAAAAUACACAAAUAAAACAAGAAGCUUUAAAGGUAAAACAAGAAAGUGAAGCGAAAGACAAAAUAAUUUCUCAAAUGAAAAGUGAAUUGGAUACGAUGAAAAAGCAGCUCACAAAACAAGCUGCCCUGCCUCGUAGGAAAGAUAUCUAUCAUAGUGCUUCUACAAAUUCAUUCCACAAAGCAGAAGACUACCCAAAGCUCCAAAACGACUUAUCGCAAGAAUUUGUGACAAGCUUUGGAUAUGUCUCAUCCCCCAAAACACAAAAAAUAAUAAAACUUUCAGGUCUUGACGAAGCUCGAAGGGCACGAAAACUUGAGCUCCAAAGCUUGUCUUCUUCAAAAAAGAAUAUAAAACACCAAAACAGCUACAUUCCUAACCAUCCUGGAGAUAUUGAUGAAGUUCCUGACAAAAAAAUAGAAGUAAUUCGGUCUUCUUCAGUAUCUGGAAGUAGACCAAUGAGCUCUAAGUUGGAUUCUAGUAAAAAUUCAAAAAAGGGAACAGUGGUUCAUACCUCGGUUAGAGGGGUUUUCAGUAAUUUGCAAAAAGCAAAUGAGAGGUUUUUGAGUGCUGACAGAAGAAGGGCUACUCCUAAAGAGGAAAGGCCAAAAGCAGAAGACACAAAAAUUAUUACGAUUGCUAAAGAGAAAACUGGGAAAGAUAUAAAGAAAAAAGAAGAGGUGACGAAAAUGAAUUUGAGCAAGCUGGCAAAAAGCUUGAACCAGAGGAUUUUGACAGCUGAGGAAGCAGCGGAAAUUGUGAGGCAGCAAUGGAGGAAAAAGCCAACACCACUUGUGAAAAUAUCGCUGUCAAAAAUGUAA